UUCUGGAUCAGGGUACCCCUGAUCGCUGCGGAGGACAUGCGGGAAGACAUUGUGGAGAACGACCCAGUCAUGCGCUCGGAGGAUUGCGUCGAAGAAGAAAAGAGCUGGCUGUGGUGGCAUCACUUCCGAUCUCUGUGUGACUACAACAAACGUAUUGCUCUGGCCCUGGAAGUGGGUAGUGACCUCCCAUCAGACGGUGUGAUUGACCGCUGGCUGGGUGAACCCAUUAAGGCAGCUGUACUGCCCACCAGCAUCUUCCUGACCAACAAGAAGGGCUUCCCCGUCCUCUCCAAGAUGCACCAGAACCUCAUCUACCAGCUCUUCAAGCUGGAAGUGCAGUUUGUUAUCACGGGCUCCAAUCGCCAUUCCCAGAAGGAAUUCCGCUCCUACCUGCAGUACCUUGAGUACCUCAACCAGCACCGGCCGCCUCCCAAUGCCUACGAGACCUUUGCCAAGGGCUAUGAAGACUACCUUCAGUGUCCACUGCAGCCUCUCAUGGAUAACCUGGAAUCUCAGACCUAUGAGAUUUUCGAGAAGGAUCCCAUUAAGUACGCUCAGUACCAGCAGGUAGGGAUGAGGAUGGAGCGGGGUCGGGGGGGGGUCCUGAUGGUGCUGGGUGCAGGGCGGGGACCCCUGGUUAAUGCCUCAUUACGAGCUGCGAGACAGGCUGAUCGGAAAAUCACUGUCUUCGCUGUGGAGAAGAACCUCAAUGCAGUCGUCACGCUGCAGAACUGGAAAUAUGAGGAGUGGGGUGACCAGGUGACGGUGGUACCGUGCGACAUGAGGGAAUGGGAGGCCCCGGUAAAGGCAGACAUUAUCGUCAGCGAGCUCCUGGGAUCGUUCGGAGAUAACGAACUCUCCCCGGAAUGUCUCGAUGGGGCGCAGAGAUUCCUGAAAGGCACUCGAGAGAAAGACCGAGACCCCGAGGCGCAGUUUGAGAUGCCGUACGUGGUGAGGUUGCACAAUUUCCACCAGCUCGAUGACCCUCAGCCAUGUUUCACCUUCAGGCACCCGAACCAAGGUAGGUCCUACCACCCCCCACCCCCCGGGCAACCCAUCCCAGUGAAGGCCGGUGAGACGGUGUGCGCCCGCUUCUGGAGGUGCGCCAACCCGAAGAAAGUCUGGUACGAGUGGGCUGUGACUUCCCCGGAAUGUUCCGCCAUCCACAACCCCACGGGCAGGUCCUACACCAUUGGCCUUUGAGACGGCGGGCAGGACGGAAGAGUCUGCCUGGGGAACAUGGUGAGGGUGGG